GGCACACCCCGAUUCCAGGUAUUUAGACAUCACCAAUCUCGGAUGUAUGCUGCGUUGUGGAGGUUCUGUAUCUACGUCCCUUCAUUCGUUUCCACUCUAUAUUCGAAACUUUGCGAUACCAUUGUCCGGCUGAUAGCAGAGCCGCCUCCGCCACCACCACCACCACCACCACAACUACCACCUACACCCACACCUACAGAGGAAACGCCUCUCUUAGCUGAAAUGACCGACCCUUACAGCAACACUGACCAACGGGAUGACGAGAACGAGCUCCAGCUUGAUACUGGAGCCGAUGACCCCAAAAAGGGUACGGGAAAGAAAACUAAACCCUUGAUCGAGGAUGAGGCUCCACCUGUUGGCCCUUGGGGAAACAGAGGUGUGACAUCUCGUAAGGCUGGUACGAAGAGGCCGCCAGAGAAGGACUCCAGUCUGAAUGUUCGGAUCAAUCUGGAUCUCAGGGCGGAUGUUGCGUUGGAACUGCACGCUGUUCUUCAGGGUGAUGUUACUAUCGGUUUGUUUUAAUGUGCUGGCUUGUACACUGUCUACAUAAACGUAGGUUUUCGAAAUAUAAUUGACGAAUAAUGCAAUUGUUUCAAAUCACACUGGCAAGACAUCCCGGUACAAUGGGCUUGCAGCAUGAUAUUUUGAACUAUAAUUUACUUUUAACAGCGUGGUAACUUCCGAGUCUUCAUUCCAGUGUAGCACUCUAAGGAUACUUCAAUGUUAAUACUCUGGUUAUCCCCAAUCACAAUUCUAGCUAGUGUUGCUGAUCUGUAUACCCUCUAGUACGUAAAGCGAAAAUGCGGAUGCGAAUCCCCCAGAUUGCCCACCUCCUGCUCAUCAAGGCUCAGCAAGUAAUCGCGCUUCCCCUGCCCAC